UUUGAGUGGCAAGUUGUUUGUUACAGCGAACACCAGCUGCUGCUGCUGCUGCUGCUGCUGUUGCUGCUGCUGCGCCGGGCGCCGCUGCUGCUCCGGGCGCUGCUCGCUGGCUCGCCCCACCGGUCCUCCCAAGCCUUCUUCCCCAUCCACCCCCCCUUUUUUUUGCAACUUGGCAGGCCUCUUUCUUUUGGAUCGUGUCCAGUCUAGCAGUGCACCGAGCUCUGGAUCCCUCCCCCCCCCCGCACACACACACACACACACACACACACACACACACCCCACACGCACACACAUCCCCGGGGCCGGUUGCCCGCGGAGGCUCGGUGCCGGCUGGGCGCGCGCAGGGGGCGGGGGCCGUGGCUCGUCCCCCCUGGCCGAUGAGCCGCCGCGGAGAGAUCGGGGCGGACGAUGGAACUGCACAUCCUGGAACACCGGCUGCAAGUUGCCAGCGUCGCCAAGGAGAGUAUUCCACUCUUCACCUACGGCCUCAUCAAACUUGCUUUCCUGUCCUCCAAGACCAGGUGCAAGUUCUUCAGUCUGACGGAGACACCGGAGGACUACACCAUCAUUGUAGAUGAAGAGGGCUUCCUUGAGCUGCCCUCAUCCGAGCAUCUGAGUGUGGCAGAUGCCACCUGGCUGGCCCUCAACGUGGUAUCCGGUGGUGGCAGCUUCUCCAGCUCCCAGCCCAUCGGCGUGACGAAGAUCGCCAAGUCUGUCAUCGCCCCCCUGGCUGAUCAAAACAUCUCUGUGUUCAUGCUGUCCACCUAUCAGACUGACUUCAUCUUGGUGCGCGAGCGUGACCUGCCCUUCGUCACCCACACCUUGUCAUCGGAAUUCACCAUCCUGCGGGUCGUCAACGGCGAGACAGUGGCGGCGGAGAACCUUGGGAUCACCAAUGGCUUCAUGAAGUCCAAGAUGGUCCAGAGGCCGGUCAUCCACCCACUGUCCAGCCCGAGCAACCGGUUCUGUGUCACCAGCCUGGACCCUGACACGCUGCCUGCCGUGGCCACGCUGCUCAUGGAUGUCAUGUUCUACUCCAGUGGAGUGAAGGACCCCAUGGCUGCCGGCGAGGACUGUGGCCACAUCCGCUUCUUCUCCUUCUCCCUCAUCGAGGGCUACAUCUCCCUGGUGAUGGAUGUGCAGACGCAACAGAGGUUCCCGAGUAAUUUGCUAUUCACGAGUGCAUCUGGAGAGCUCUGGAAGAUGGUGCGGAUUGGAGGCCAACCCCUGGGAUUCGAUGAGUGUGGAAUCGUGGCCCAGAUAUCCGAACCCUUGGCAGCUGCAGACAUCCCCGCCUACUAUAUCAGUACUUUCAAGUUCGACCACGCACUGGUUCCAGAGGAGAACAUCAACGGGGUCAUUCACGCCCUGAAGGUCAGUCAUGGAGGAACGCAUUAGAAGCGCUAAGAGCUGGGCUCUCCCCUGCCGCAGCCCACCCAGGCCUGGGCCAGCCCUUCCCUGAAGAUCACUCUUGCAGUAUUUCCCUACAGACUGGAAAAUUGGCCCAGGGACCCCAAGGAAGGGGCCUCUGGGAUACCCCCUUGAUUGCUGACCCCUCCGGGCCUGGGCAAGGCCACCUCCUAUGUCCUCUUCCUGCCUUCUAGAGCCCCCAGCCUUUUGAAGAAUGACUCAGUUUCCCCCCAGUGGGGACUGCCCCAGCCUCCUCCCUACAACCCCACCUCAGAAAGUGUUUCUCUGUGGCCUCACACGUAGCCCACAGCAGACACCAAAGGAAAUUGGCAUCUCAGACGAGAGAUUCCACUCCCAGGGAUGUCUUGGGGGGGGGGGCUGGUGGAGCAAGGCUGGGUGUUUGGAGCCCAAGAAACCUCCUUGAGUGCCCGGAGCUGAACGGUAUGGUCGCUGGUCUUUGGUUUCAUCAUCUCGGAGGCUGGUUCCCUCAGAGUGGAGGCCAGUGGGCCACCAUGGGGUCAGAGUGGCCUGUGCACCUCAGAUAGGAGCAGAGCAGGGCCCCUGAGCUGGGGACUGCCAAACUACCUAGUGUCACCACCCCAGCCUGCCAACUAACCACACAGGGCCAUGUCCCAACUCCCAGCAUGACUGCCAAGAGGGACCCUGGGCACCUCUGCACAUAAGCACUCACUCCCGGGGGAGCAGGGAAGCCCAGGACACCCCCCCCACACACACCCCACCAGCCUGGAGCACACCAGCUUCCGUCCGUCUGCUUUCCCCAGACCCCGAUACGAGCAGGCGGUGACUCAAGUUUCUCCCAGCUGGGGCUUCCCCAGCAUUCUGGCCUCCCCUUCCCAGCCAUCAACUAGACCAGCCUAGAAUCCUCCCCACACGUCAGCCUCCCCUGUCCCAUUUUGGGGGUACACUGAAGAGGCUUCGGUCCCACCUCCCAGAUUGGACUACCUGACCCAGCCCGUUCACCCCAUAUUCUGGGCUGUGGUGUCCUUGAGUACGGGUCCCCGCUCCAGGAGGCCACCGUCCGAGCCAUCGCAGAGAGGAAUCAUACUUGGAGGUUUUAUUCAGUGUUUCUGCACCCAGGCUACUUGAUGGUGAAAGUUUCGUUUGGAGACACGGGGCCUGCUUGAGUUUUAUUGGGGGGGUCCAGGCUCAGUGGCCCUGUGGCAUAGGGGACAGAGAAACUGUCACAAGACACUGGAACCCCAUGGCUCCCUCUACAGGGUUUCUCAGCCUGGGCUUCAGGGGUGUGGAGAGCGACACCAGGGGCCACAGGAAGGUGGCCCCUGCCGGCUGGGAGGGCAGGCCCUGUCCAGGCUCCCUUUCUUGCAGUGUUUCAGUCUGUCACCAAGUCAUGCUGUCGCCAGAGAAGGGGACACCUGCUUGCCUUUGUGUAGGUCUUGUGUCCUCCUCGCUUUUCUAAACCCACAAGCCACUGCCCCCCCCCCCCGCCUCCCCAGAUGAAGCAAUUGCUCUGGAACUAUCUAGAUGUUCAGAACCCUCCACACUAACUAGCAACCCACCUGUGGGGUUGUUUUUUUUUUUAGUUCAUUCAUUUUGCACAAGAUCCCCUAACAACCAAAAUCUUAUAUAAAUCGUCUGUUGGUUCCAAAAGGGAGAUGGCCAAAUGGGUACCCUGAGUAGCCUUCUAUCACCUUGGAAGGUCUUCAUUUUCUGGGGUGCACUUCUCCACACCCCUUUCUGUUUUUUUUCCCUUCCUCUGUACAAGUGUGUUUGCCCCAGUGGCCCACCCACCCCCCAGAGUUGUAUACCCUCCCCCUAGAAUUUCUAGGACUGUAUUGUACACACCUAUAAAUACCUGUUUUAUGUUGAUAGAGAUCUGUACUGUAAAUAGCAUAUAUACUUGAGCAAUAUAUAUGUUAAUAUAUUCUGUGUGCGCAGGAUGCGGGCACAGGCCCCCUCUCCCUUGUGUGCGUACGCAUGUGGGUGCAAGGGUCCCCUCCCCCACCAUAUAUGUCGCACACAAAGGCACGUUUUGAGCCACUAUAUAUUUUUAAUUCAAGUAUGUAGGCAAUACAAUGAUCAGAGAAGUCCUAGGGAUCCCUUGGGGCUGUCUGCAGGGGAGACUAAAACCACCAGCCUACAGAGCUUUUGGGAUAGGUGUGGAGGGCCGGCAUGGUCUGAUUCGUGGCUCCUGCACCCCCAUCUCCACAUCCGAGGCCUCUGGGUACUUGACAUCAGUCCAGAGGUGAAGUGAUUGGGGUUUUUUUGUUUGUUGUUGUUGUUUUUUGCUUUGUGACAGAACACAGCCCUCUCCUCCAUGGCAACCCCCAAAGACUUUGGCUGGUGGACACGUCACAUUCUGUCCCCCUCAUAACACACAGGGUCCCCUAUCUUUGGAUGACUUUAAAGGUGGCUUAUUACCUGUUGUUUCCUUUUUAAAUCUACAAGCUUAGAAAUCUCAGGGGGUAUGCCUUGGUCACUUCCUGGAGUCCGUCCCCACCUGACCCAGAACAAUCGGUAUGGUUUCCCCUGUGCUCACCAGCCAGUCUCCCCGAGAUCCCCCCUCCCCCCACCUUCCCCGCUUGGCCAUCUCCAUCCUCCAGCUUGUAAAGGGAAGCCGGGUCUCUCUUCUGAGUUCUGGGCAUAGCGUAGACACAUCAUGGUCUCCACAGCUAUGGGGAUGGGCAUCCCCAUCUGUUACCUUUUUCGGUGCCCCAGCAUCUCCUUGUCUGAUGGGCAUGAGGGUCCCUCCAGACCUUGCUUGGAGGGACAUGUGUUUCUGGAAGGCCACCACCUAUCCCUGGCUGACCCAGCCUUAGAGGUAGCCAGUCCUGCAGCGGAGGUUCUCUUGGCUUGUGUGGUGGGGAGAGCGGCUCUUUAGGCUCCCUGCCAGGCACCCCGAGCUAGGCUGCCGAGCGUGGGUGAGCAUACGGCCCCUCACAGAGACUCCCUGAGAUCAUGGCAUUUGUGUCUGCUUGUAAGAGGCGCUCUGGUCAGAAAAGUGCAUAGAGUCAUGGUCACCGCCUGGCCCCUACACUACAGAAUGAUGGUAACCCCCCCCCCCCACCAGGAGGAGAUGGUAGGGCAGUGACUCUUCUCUGUCCCCAAUGACAAAGGCCUCAUCCUUUGGCUCAGCCCCACAGCCUGGGCUUCCCAACAAAGCCGCUUCUCCCGCACACCCCACAGAGACAAAAGGGAAAAAAAAAAGAAAAGCAUUACCAGCUUUGUACCCCCUCCCCAGCAAAAGUCAUGCAGCCCUGACCCCAUACCUUCCCCAUGAUUCAGGGGGGAGGCCAGGGCCUCUCAUACCACCAGCGUUCACCUGAAUCACCAGCUGUGGGUAACAGGUUCCUGGUGUGAGGGACGGGAGCUGGUGAUCUAGUCGUUUCCCCCAGUGCCCGCCAAGCGGUGUGGAUGCACUGACGUCUGGUGGCCAGCAGCACCCUGCAGGGGUGCUGUCCCCUGUGAUGUGACAGAAGGGACUGUGAAACUAGGGAGACACAGGCAGGCAGGCAGGGCUAGUCCCCUAGAUACAGAAAGGGUCCCCCGUAUUGGUACAUGAUAGUCAGAGGUGACCUGAGCCACCCGCCACCAGCCCCUCGUGGCCACGUUUCCCAGACAGACUUGAAGCCACCCUGGGCCAUGCGUAGGGCCUCUGGAUUGGAUACGGAGCAACACCCGCUCCUCCCCAGACUCCAGUAGGAGAGGGGACUUGAAAGCUUCCCAGAUGGUAGCAGAGCGUGGUGCCCCAUCCUGAGCAAUGACAGGUGAGACAGGAAAAGACAUGGAUUAGUUACUUUCUCACUGCUGGGACGAAACAUGGGACAAAAUUGCAACUUGCAGGGUUUAUUGUGAGGUGAUAUAGUUCAUCAUGGUGGCGGGAAUGUGAGGUAGCUGGUCACAUAUUCAGUUCACAGGCAAAAAGCAGAGUGAUAAAAGCUGGUGCACAGCCUGUUUUCUCCUUUGUAUUCAGUCCACAGCCCCAGCUCAUGAGUGGUAUCAGCCAUAUUGAGGGUAGAUCUUCCCGUCUCCUUUAAUUCAAUCUGGAAACUGCUCCGCAACAUGCCCAGAGGCUCGCUCCUCUCCUGGGCAGUUCUAGAUCCUGGUGAGUUACCUACCACAGGACACCUUUCCCCAUCUACUGUGAGCAGAGCUAGGGAGCAGAAAGUCGACAUUUGGCUUGGUGAGGGGCUUAUGGGUGACAUUGACAGGGAGAAGACCUAGCAUUGCAUUUUCAGGUGUCUGGAUACUUUGCUGAGAGGCGGGUACACAGCCUGGAGGGGUGGAAGACAUCCGUGUGGAGAGAUGGCCUGGAGGGAAUUACUUGAAACCAGGAUGGCCUGAGUGUUUGGCACAUUCUCCUUUUGCUAUUGUCCACUUUAUGCUGGCCAGGGGGGUGGGGAAAAAAGCAACACAGAUGGCCAAUGGCUGCUUGACCUGACUUUGCUAUGUUGGACAGGCAGAGCUAACCAGAUCGAGCUUAGCUUUUCCUGCAUCUUGAAACAUCCCAUCUUGCUUCUGCUUCAUUAUCUAUUAGAAGCCUCAAAAGAGCACAUUUAACUGAGCCCCAAGCCCCUUCCCACAGACCAAAGGAGGAAGCUUCAGGACGAUUCCAGCUUGACCUCUGACCCCGCUACAGAGGCUACUCAGCUAGGGAAGGUGGGGGAACCCCUGGCUGAACAUACAGUUUGCCCAAGAGUUGAGUCCCGAGGCUUGGGGGGGGGAGGGGUACCCAUGGCACCAACUAGAUGGUGGAAGUUGGUACAAGAGGAGGGGAAGCUGUGAGGACCAGAAGUUCCAAGUGGCCUAUCCCAGGUGCCAGGAUGCUGUUCUGUGUGUGAUUAUACUUACGCAUGUGUGUGUGUGUACAUGUGUUAGGCAUGAGUGUGUAUGUGUGUGCACAUGUGUGAAGAGUCCAGCUCUAAUUAGCUACAAGAGUGUCUCAUGCAGUAUUUGGAGUCCUCAGGAGCCUAUUCCACUGCCAUAUAGACUGAGGUGGCUGGUGGGAAACGUAGGCCCUAGCUGCGGGGUGGAAGGCGGGACUGCCCUGGUGGCGCGGGCUCAGCCCCACAUGGGCAUAUUUAGACGUCUCUGCGUGACCCCAGCAGGGCCUGUGCCCUUCAGAGACCUGCCAAUCCAUAUAGCCACCUGAGCAGGCUGGGGCCCACCUAGUGGCCUCUUCAACUCACCUGGUUCUGAAGACAGUAUUCACGGAAGGAAGUGGGGUGGAGGAUGCUCAUCUUGCAGUAGGGGAGUCCACAAAGUUAAAGGACCCCAGCAGGGGGAAGGGAGGUUUAAAAAAGAAAGAAAAAGCAAGCCAAAUUCAGGUCCCCACAGAGGGAGCCUAGAGCACUGUUCCUUUCCACUGCCUCAGUUUACCUAGACUCAGAAAAUGGUUCAGGAAGAGAUGAGCAGGGUUAGCCCCAAAACAAUAUGGGGCUGACAACAGUGACAAAAAAAGAAAAGCCCAGCCCUCCUCUUGUUCUAUGCCAAAAUCAUUUCCGUUAUCCUGAGGUAGGGGAGUGAGUGGUGGGUGCCCUGCCUGGCCACAGCCCCCUCUGGCCCUCACCUGGCAUGCCGUGCCCAGGUCACCAGCAACAGCGGCACGUCACUGGUCCUGUGUCAUCGGUCUGUGGCUCCGGUGAAGGGGAGAACUGGUGGUCCUUCCUACCCCACCCCCAGGGCCCCCAUGCUUUUGUUUUCUUUGUCAAAGAAAACACAGAUCCCUUGAGAUUCAUGUACUGUAUGAUGGAGAGAAAAAAAAAAAGUACCUAAUGUCCCCCCCCCC